AUGGACGGCUCGCUCUAUGAUAGUUUCCGGUGGUUAGACGAAGAUACGGAUCUCGACCUAAGUCUAGACAACUAUCAGCAGCAGGCGCCGAGCUCACCGUCAUGCCUAACAUCCAGACGGAGACCAUCUUUUCGAAGAACUUUGUCUUUCAACUCGGUCAAUCUGUCUCGCAAGUCAAUAUUAUUGGCACCACACGGAAGAAAUCCAACCUCGAGCCUGCCACUCGAAUCCCCGUCCGCCCUCGGAAACAUCAUCAGCAGACGUUCCUCUGUUUCUCGACCUUCGACUAGAAACAAGCCCCGUCAUACAUCUCAGUCCUCUACCUCGAGCAUUGACCCCUCCGCACAGUACUUUCAUGACCCCGAAGCCCGCCUUAAGCUACGGGUCUACCUCGCAUCCCCGCAGAAAUUCGACGAAGCCAUUGAGUUCGGGUUCCCUGCUCUGGACAAUGGGCAAAGUACUCCAAAGUCCCCUCACCCUGACCGGAGUCCCCUGAUAAAAGGCUUUACUGGAACAUUUCUGGAUGCCGAUGAUGAUAUGUCAAUACGGGGCGAAAAGAAGGAGUCACUCUCAAGCAUUUCGCGGCUUUCUUACGUUAUGGAGGCGCCUCUGCCGUCAGAAGAUCCGACGACGAUGAGUUCAACACCAAUAAAAACGCCCCUAUCGGUGCCAAAACAUUCACGCGAAAUGACGCUGCGGAUGACUUUGACAAGACCGGAUCUUCGAGAUGGCUCGUGUCCUACCCCAACAUCGACCACCGAUCCUUCAGGUUCACUCCCUUUGUCGCUGGUCGACGAUAACUCUGAUUUCUGGGAACAAGAUUCGGAUGACCAAAGCCUGAUGAAGAAGAUGUGGCGCAAGUUCCGCAGGCGGAAGGAGUGA